GUCAGCGCGGGGGGCGUGCCCGCGGCUUCCAGAGAGUUCGGAGACGGCGGCGGAGCGGCGGCGGCGCACGUCACAGCACGGGAAGAUGGUGAAGGAGACGGGCUACUACGACCUGCUGGGCGUGCGGCCGGGCGCCAGCCUGGACGAGAUCAAGCGGGCAUACCGGCGCCUGGCACUGCGCUACCACCCCGACAAGAACCCCAGCGAGGGCGAGCGGGUAGGUGCUCACUCAGAAGGAAGGAGCAGGACUGGCUCACCUGGUGAGCCUGAGUGGUGUCCAGAGCCUGUCUGGCCAUGGCACGGGGGGUGGCACGUGGCUGGUGCUGAGCCAGGCUCUCCCCCGUGCCCAGGGAAGACGGUGGUGCACCAGCUCUCGGUGUCGCUGGAGGAUCUGUACAACGGCUCCACACGGAAGCUGUCCCUGCAGAAGAACAUCAUCUGCCGCAAGUGUGGAGGCUGCGGGGUGCGGGAGGGCGCCCAGAGAAGGUGCCCCAAGUGCCACGGCUCGGGCAUGGAGGUUCGCAUCCACCAGCUGGGACCCAGCAUGAUCCAGCAGAUCCAGACCGUGUGCUCCCAGUGCCAGGGCCAGGGCGAGUGGAUCCGGCCCCGGGACUGCUGCCUCACCUGCAAUGGCCGCAAGGUGGUGCGGGAGAAGAAGAUCCUCAGCGUGCACCUGGAUAAAGGCAUGAAGGACGGGCAGAAAAUCACCUUCCACGAGGAAGGGGACCAGGUGCCCGGCCUGGAGCCCGGGGACAUCAUCAUUGUCCUGGAUCAGAAGGAACAUCCUGUUUUCCGGCGCAGCGGCGACGACCUCAUUGUCAGGAGGGAGAUCAGCCUGGCAGACGCCCUGUGUGGGUGCAGGCAGGUGAUCCACACCCUGGACAACCGCACCCUGCUCGUGUCCUCCCCGCCAGGUGACGUGAUCCGACCUGGGGACCUGAAGUGUAUCCCCAACGAGGGCAUGCCUGUCUACAGGAGCCCCUUUCAGAAAGGAAAGCUCAUCCUGCAGUUCGAGGUGAAGUUCCCCGAGCCGGGCUGGCUCCCCACGGAACGCCUGCGGCAGCUGCAAGCCUUCUUCCCGCCGCAGGAGGAGGUGAUGGCCACGGAGGACACGGAGGAGGUGGAGCUCAGCGAUUACAGCGCUCACGGUGGGCCGGGCCGGCGGCCCUACACCGGGGAAGCCUAUCACGAGGAUGACUUCGAGGACGGGAUGAGGCAGCACGUUCAGUGCCAGACCUCAUAGCGGGGAGGGGAAGCCCGGAGCCCCCCCGGGGGCAGGGGCAGGGCCCGGGCCGCGCGGUGGGGAGGGGCUGGCGGAGCCACCACGUUCAGGGAUGUACAUAGGUCGCCUUUCCGACAGCGCUUCACCUCCCCCGCCCCCCCCCGGGAGCCGGCAGAGCCCCCCUGCCCUGCCGGGUGAGGCCCCUGCCCUGCCUCCAGCGCCGGGGCUGCCGUGGGCAGGGGGCUUGGGGGGCGUGGGGCGGGCUCCAGCUGCCGGUGGGCACAGCCCAGCCCUGGCUGGAGAGGAGGAGGGGGUACCUGCUACCCCUGCCUCAGUUUCCCCAUCUGCUGUGGUGGGGCUAAGCUUGUGCUGGAGGCAGUGUGGGGAGGAGGGGAACUGCCCACCCCCUUUGGGGAUGCCCCACUCCCAGCCCCACACUGGGGGUCCUGCUGCCCGGGCCCCCAGCUCCUUGCUUUGCCCAUUUCUUUUCUUACUGGAGCCUGGGAUGCAGAGGGGGUGGCUCUUUUCUCUUUGCACAGGACAGGAGGGGUUGGGGGGGACCCGUCCCUUCCCUUUAAUUUAUUUUUGGAAGAAUUUUAGAAGUUUUUCUUUUUUUUUUUUUUC